AUGAGCACGAGACUCCUUCAGAGGGCCCUGUGCCUGUUGGCCCUCCUCUGCACCGUCUCACGCAUCGGCUCUGCCAACAGCCAGCCCGACUCUUCAGCCGCGGAAAAGGGGGUGACCUUCAGCCACGUCUAUAAAAUUGAUGUUCCUGGGAGUUCGACCUGUAAACUGGAGAGCCUGCCGUCCCAGGACCAAGCAGCAGGUGUAGCGAGCGCAACCGCGGUGGAUGGAGAGAACGACUUAGUCUUCAAACACAACAUCCGGCUGCAGACUCCCAAGUGCGACUGCGAGGAGUCGGAGAGCUUCAAGUCUCUGUUGUACCGAGUCAACGGGCUGGAGGAAGAGGUCAACUAUCUGAAGACUCAGUGCACACAGGGAUGCUGCGGCAGAGGUGGUGCUGUGGGAGUAGACACAAGCUGUGGUGGUCAUGGUACCUACCAACAUGACACCUGCAGCUGCCUGUGCAACCCAGGGUGGGAAGGCCCAGAUUGUUCUGUGUCCUCCUGCCCUGAUGAGUGCAAUGACAAUGGCCGGUGUGUGGACGGAAGAUGUGUGUGCCAUCAGGGCUACACCGGGCACGACUGCAGCCAGCUCAUGUGUCCAGACAACUGUAACGAUAAAGGACACUGUGUGGACGGAAAGUGCGUGUGCUUCCCACACUUUACCGGGGAGGACUGCAGCAUCCAGAGGUGUCCCAAAGACUGCGUCGGCAAUGGCCGCUGUGUGGAUGGCCGGUGCAUCUGCGAUGAAGGCUUUCACGGGGAUGACUGUUCACUUGUCCUAAGCCCUAAGGGUUUGCACUUGGUCCAGGUGACUGACGUUUCUCUCCUGGUGCAAUGGGAGUCGGUACCUGGAGCAGAAUACUACAUCCUGACCCAUCAACCCAAGGGUGACGACAGCGCCCUGGAGGAGGUGAGGGUGCCCAACACAGAGAACUUCCACCUGAUCACGGGGCUCAUCCCAGGGGUCACCUACAUUGUCAAAGUGUACGCUGUCAUCAGAGGGAUCCAAACAGAUGCAGACAGAAUAGAGGCUACCACAGAUGUGUCUGCUAUCGAACACAUUAAAGUCGUUGGCCAAACCGAAGACUCUAUUCAAGUGGCCUGGAAGAAUCCAGCAGCUGAGGUAGACCAUUUCAGGCUCAAACACAUUGACCCGGCAGGACAAGAGGAGGAGCAGAGUGUGCAAAGGAGCCAGGAGGCCCGCACCAGGUACACUAUAGUGGGCCUAAAUCCGGGAACAGAGUACCUGAUCGCAGUUCAGGCCAUCAGGGGUACCAGUGAAGGACCAUCCUCCUCCGUCACUGGGAUCACAGACAUUGAUGCUCCUGCCAGUCUGGUGACCAUUGCAGUAACAGAGGACACCGCAAGCGUGUCGUGGGAACGGGUCCAGGCGACAAUCGACGGCUAUAUGCUGAGCUACAGCUCUGCUGAGGGCUCCAGUGGGGAGAUCCCUGUUGGCCCUGACAGCACCUCCUACAAGCUGACCGGCCUGAGGCCUGGGGUCCUCUACACUGUGUAUAUCUGGGCUGUCAAGGGGGGCAAUGCCAGCAAGAAGAGUUCAACGGAGGCUGAGACAGUGCUGGAUGCUCCUAAUAACCUCUUGACACGAGACGAGACAGAGUCCAGCUUCAACGUGUCCUGGGACCGGGUCCGGGCGGACAUCGACAACUAUAUGUUGAGCUACAGCUCUGCUGAGCGCUCCAGCCAGGAGAUCCUUGUUGGCUCUGAUAGCACCUCCUACAGGCUGACUGGCCUGAGGCCUGGGGUCCUCUACACUGUUGAUAUGUGGGCUGUCAAGGGGGACAAAGCCAGCAGGAAGAUCUCAGCACAAGCAGAGACAGAGCUGGAUGUUCCUACUAACCUCUUGGCCCAAGAUGAGACUGAGUCCAGUUUCAGCGUGUCGUGGGACCGGGUCAAGGCGGAAAUCGACAACUAUAUGCUAAGCUACAGUUCUGCCGAAGGCUCCAGUGAGGAGAUUCCUCUGGCCCCUGACAGCACCUCCUACAAGUUGACUGGCCUGAGGCCUGGAGUCCUCUACACUGUUCACAUCUGGGCAGUGAAGGGGGGCAAAGUUAGUGGGAAGAUCUCAACACAAGCGGAGACAGUGCUGGAUGCUCCUACUAACCUCUUGGCUCAAGAUGAGACUGAGUCCGGCUUCAGCGUGUCGUGGGAUCAAGUCCAGGCAGAAAUUGACCACUAUAUCAUAACCUACAACUCUACUGAAGGCUCCAGCGGGAAGAUCCCUGUUGGCCCUGACAGCACCUCAUACAAGCUGACUGGCCUGAGACCCGGGGUCCUCUACACUGUCCAUAUCUGGGCUGUCAAGGGGGACAAAGCUAGUGGGAAGAGUUCAACCCAAGCACAGACAGAAUUGGAUGCUCCUACUAACCUCUUGGCCCGAGAAGAGACAGAGUCCAGCUUCAUUGUCUCCUGGGAUCGAGUCCAGGCAGAAAUCGGCAGCUAUAUGCUGAGCUACAGCUCCGCUGAAGGCUCCAGUGGGGAGAUCCCUGUUGGCCCUGACAGCACCUCCUACAAGCUGACUGGCCUGAAGCCCGGAGUCCUCUACACUGUGUACAUCUGGGCCACAAAGGGGAACAAAGCCAGUGGGAAAAGUUCAACACAAGCGGAGACAGAGCUGGAUGCUCCUACUAACCUCUUGGCGCGAGACGAGACCGAGUCCAGCUUUACCGUGUCCUGGGACCGGGUCCAGGCAGAAAUUGACAGCUAUAUGUUGAGCUACAGCUCUGCCGACGGCUCCAGUGGGGAGAUCCCUGUUGGCCCUGACAGCAAAUCUUACAAGCUGACUGGCCUGAGGCCUGGAGUCCUCUACGCUGUGUAUGUCUGGGCCGUGAAGGGGGUGAAAACCAGCGAGAAGAUCUCAACACAAGCAGAGACAGACAUUGACGCUCCCAAGGACCUGAAUGCUGCAGAUGUGACUCUGGAGUCUGCCUCCUUGACCUGGAUCCCUCCACUGGCCGACAUCGAGGGAUAUGUCCUCACCUACAGAACCGAAGAUGGCACCGUAGAGACUGUUGAGAAGCAGCUCGUAGCCGGGCAGAGCCGUUUGGUGGUGUCCGGUCUGGCGAUGGGGAAGAAAUAUGUUGUCACCCUCAUCGCGUACAGGGGAGCCAAGAGGAGCAAGCUGGUGGAGACUGUCUUCAAAACAAUUGGCCUGCUCUACCCCUUCCCCAUGGACUGUGUUCAGAUCAUGAAAAACGGCAAUAGGAAGAACGGCGUCUACACUGUCUAUAUUAAUAACGACAACUCCAAGCCAGUAGAUGUUUACUGCGACAUGGACACUGACGGAGGCGGCUGGCUGAUGCUCCAACGCCGUAACACCGGCAGGCUUGACUUCAUGAAGCGCUGGAGACAGUAUGCUGCAGGAUUUGGCAACUUGACAGACGAGUUCUGGCUCGGUCUGGAUAAGAUCUACGAGAUGACAAACACUCCCACCCGAUAUGAGCUGAGGUUCGAUCUGGGCCUGGGCUCAGAGAGAGCGUACGCCGUCUAUGACAGCUUUAAGAUCGCUCCAUCCAAGCAGAAGUUCAAACUCACCAUCGGCAGAUACAGUGGAACAGCUGGCGACGCUAUGACCUACCACCAGGGCCGGCCGUGGUCUACAGUAGACUCUGAUAAUGAUAUUGCCUUGGGUAAUUGCGCCCUGACCCACCGUGGCGCCUGGUGGUACAAGAACUGCCAUUUGGCCAACCUUAACGGCAAAUGGGGUGACAUUAGACACAGUAUGGGGGUAAACUGGGAGCCGUGGAAGGGCCACCUCACCUCUCUGGACUUCACGGAGAUGAAGAUCCGGCCUGUCGGCGCCCUGUCCAGCAGGAAGAAGCGGUCGGCGAUGGCGAGAGAGCGGAGAGGGGGCGCGGCCUCUCAGAGGAAAGUGACACGCCCCUCCCACUAGAGCCGCGACCACAGGUCGCCAGCCGUUUACCUGCCGUCACGCUUGGUUUGGGCAUUUCUGUACGUAUUUAACGCGGGCGAGGCGCGCGGGUGCCUCGUCUCCAAGGGAACUCCCGCCGGUCCGAAGAGCUGUACCCUCUCUCGCCUUCGUAGACGGGGUUACCGCUCUUCGUUGAGGAGAAACACAAACGCUUCCUACGGUACCGCUGGGAGAAGUAACUUAUUAGGGGUUUCGUUUACUGUUGGUUCGCUUAGAAAUACCUAGAUUUAGUGCGAUUCGCGGGUUAAACGGUCAGGAGGAACUCGCAGCUUUUAUCCAUUUUUUUAAGUUUUGACUCGUCCGGCGUUUGACGUCACAGGAAGUUCGGCGCGUCGGGAAGACGUCCGCCCGUCUCGACCUAUAACCCGGAAUAGGGGAGAACCGCUGCGAAAUUGGGAGCCAAAAUCUUCAUUGGCUGUAUAGCAUCCACCUUUUCUUUUUUUUCUUUUUUAUUUUAGGGCUACAGCCCAGAUACAAAUGGGAUAUCUGUACUAUAUAUGUUUAUUUCCUGUUUUGUGAAAUGUGUAAUGAGCAACUUCCGCUAUGUAUAGUAUCGUCGUCGUGGCCAACGAGUGAAGAAGAAGAAGAAGAAGAAGAAGAAGAUGUCGAGAAAGCGGCAUGUUUUUUUUCUUUGGGAGAAUUAGGUGUCGACAAUUAGCGUGUUGCUGCCCCGACUUCACUGAUUAUUCAGCUGGCUGGCUGUGUGACAUCCCAUUAGGCUCCCGAAGAACAAUUUGGGGAAUAAUAAUGAAUGAGUUCCUGGAAUGGCAAUAUUGCGAGUGCUUUGUUUUUAUAUGAUAGGGAAACUGCAUAUCAAUCAGUGUAAUGCGGCCACGUUCUACACCGAUCGGGCUACAUUUCAACCUCAUCCUCGAGAAUUUAAUGACCAAAAAUGGUAUAUUUAAUCUGGACAGCUGACAAAGGAAAUUAAUACAGCUUUGACUUUGACUAUAUUACCUUAUUACAUUUUACACUUUAUUGCAAACUCGAUUAGCCCGUGACAAGGACGGAGCACAUUAAUCAAUCUUUCUGUAAAUGUGCCAGAGUUUAUUUGCGGGCCCCGCCCCGCCACCAAGUUUUUAGGCACCAAAAAGAUCUCUGUACGGAAUAUCUCUGCUGCUCACAUGGUUGUGUUCUAGCCAGUCUUAUAUAUUCAAGGUCAGGAAUCACACUUGUGAAAGACAAUGGAUGACACUUUUUUUUUGUAUUUUCAAAUGCAUAUUGUGGUCAAACCAUAUUCAAACCCCAUAUUCCAAGAAAAAAAUA